AUGCAGGCCCUCUGUACCCUGAGCAGCCGGCCGCUCGCGGCCCGCAUCGCGGCACCCCGCCCCGCGCAGCAGCUCCGUGCAGCCAGCAGCAGCAGCAGCAGCAUUAGCCGCAGGCAACUGCAGGUUAACGCAGUGGCAGCCCCCGAGUCGCCCGCAGCAGCCAGCAAGCCGGAGCCCAGCUACAGCGGCGAGGUGGACUCGUACGCAGUGGUGGAGAUUGGCGGGCACCAGCUGAUUGUGGAGGAGGGGCGGUGGUACACAGUCAACCGGCUGGAGGCCGAGCCGGGCAGCAAGAUCCAGCUGGGUCGCGUGCUGGCGCACAAGGCGGGCGGCAAGUUUGCGGUGGGGCAGCCGUAUGUGGAGGGUGUGAAGGUGGAGGCUGAGGUGCUGGAGGAGCUCAAGGGGCCCAAGGUCAUCGUGUUUCGCAUGAAGGCCAAGAAACAUUUUCGCCGCCUGAACGGACACCGCCAGCCGCUGUCCAAGAUCCUGAUCACUUCCAUCUCCGCAUGA